CCUCACCACCUCGUUGCUUCUGCUUCCCUCCACAGUCCUGAUCCGUCCGGCGAUGUCGUCGUGCGCGGCAGAGACUGGCCUGGUGGCCAUGGACUGCCUGGUGGUGUGCUGCUGCUGCCCGUGCCUGGUGCUGCAGGUCACUCACUGUCUUCCUCCUCGUCAGGUUGCCCAGGAAGGUGUGGUCGUGAAGACCAAGAGGAUCAUCCUGAAUAGAUGGCACGGGAGAAGCCUGGAGGAGCUGCUGGACCUGGACGACGGUUUUGAAGGUGCAUUUGGGAUCGGAGAGGGGUGCACCGACGGCUGGAAAGAGAGCUGUUUCGCGGUCGACGACGACGGGGACAGCGUGUGGGAGGCGCUCGUGGAGCAAGAAGGGCUCUUCUGGUUCGGGAGCUUCUGGGGCCGGCCGGGGGUGGUGGACCCGGCGUCCGGAGAUGAUCAGAUGGACGCAGGCUUCAGGUUACCUGUUGUGUUAGAGUGUGUGUUGACUAGCUACGAUGAUGUUCAUAUGAGGUUUUUAAGUUUUAAUCAAGGAUUCCAUUCGGAGUAG